AUGAUAAUCACUGGGGAUGAUGUUGAUGGUAUCUCUGCUCUCAAGGCCUCACUUCACCGUACCUUUGAGAUGAAAGAUCUUGGUUCUCUCAGCUAUUUUCUUAGUCUUGAGGUCAUCUCCACCGAUGAUGGCAUCUAUCUCUCUCAGGCUAAGUAUGCUUCAGAUCUUCUUGCUCGUGCUGGGAUUACAGAUAGUCGCACUGAGUCUACUCCUCUUGAGCCUAAUGUUCGAUUUACCCCUAUGGAUGGCACUGUUUUGGAUAAUCCGACUCUCUAUCGACAGUUAGUUGGCGGUCUGGUCUACUUGACUGUCACCCGACCAGACAUCGCCUAUCCGGUUCAUGUACUUAGCCAGUUCUUGUCAGCUCCUCGUACUACUCACUAUGCGGCAGUUCUACGCAUUCUUUGCUACAUCAAAGGCACUCUCUUUCAUGGUCUUUAUUUUUCUGCCCAUUCCUCUUUGUCUCUUCAGGCUUACUCCGAUGCUGAUUGGGCUGGUGAUCCCACUGAUCGUCGUUCUACUACUGGUUACUGUUUGUUUCUUGGCGACGCUCUCAUUUCUUGGCGUGCUAAGAAGCAAACGUUCACUGCUCGCUCAAGCACAGAAGCUGAGUACCGUGCCCUCGCAGACACCACUGCUGAAGUUGUUUUGGUUCGUUGGCUUCUCGAAGAUUUGGGUGCUCCUCAAUCGUCCCCUACUGAUUUUUUUGUGAUAACCGCAGUGCUAUUCAGAUCGCCCAUAAUGAUGUCUUUCGUGAACGCACCAAACACAUUGAGCUUGAUUGUCACUUUGUUCGGCAACGUAUCCUUAUUGAUGCUAUUCGUCUCAUUGCUGUUGGAACACUAG